UAGAAUGGAAUGAUACGUGGAGAAGCCUCGAAAAAUCCGCUUCUCGUUCAUUCAUCAUGUACGGUUUUGUGAAUUACGCCCUCGAGCUGCUGGUCGUGAAGAGCUUUGGCAGCGAGACGUGGGAGGCGAUAAAGCAAGAUGCAGCAGUUAACAUGGACGGACAGUUCCUGGUUCGACAGAUAUACGACGAUGAAAUUACCUACAACAUUAUAUCGGCAGCUGUCAAUCGGCUCAACAUUCCAGCGAACACGAUCCUCGAGCUGUUCGGCCGGAUGUUCUUCGAGUUCUGCCAGGACUCCGGCUACGACAAGAUUCUCCAGGUGCUCGGGGCUACGCCCAGGGACUUUUUACAGAACUUGGACGCCCUUCACGAUCAUUUAGGCACUUUGUACCCGGGAAUGAGGGCACCCUCUUUCCGAUGCACAGAGAGGCCCGAGGAUGGAGCGCUCGUAUUACAUUAUUACUCCGAUCGACCUGGUUUGGAACAUAUUGUGAUUGGCAUCGUUAAGACCGUGGCGAAAAAGCUCCACGGCACGGAUAUCGAGAUGCGAAUAUUGAAGACUAAAAACGAAUGUGAUCACGUUCAAUUUUUGAUCACGAACACCUCUGGUCCUGGUGUCGUCUCGAAUCCCAUGAUCACAGAAUUGGAGACACUAUCUGUGGAACCAAAAGUGAGCCCAAUGACUUUCUGCCGAGUGUUUCCGUUCCAUCUGAUGUUCAACCGGGACCUGACCAUAGUACAAACUGGAUGCACGGUAACUCGAGUUAUACCUCAAGUGUGCUCUGGUAAUUGCAAGUUGAACGACAUCCUUCUGACCGUCAGACCGCAUUUAGAGCUGACGUUCGAGAACAUACUAUCCCAUAUAAACACGGUGUACGUGCUUAGAACGAAGAAAGGAGUGAUGCAGGUAGACGCUUCCGAGGAGUACUCGUAUCUGCGAUUGAAAGGGCAAAUGUUGUACAUACCUGAGUCAGACUUCGUCAUCUUCCUUUGUUACCCCAGCGUUAUGAACUUGGACGACUUAACCAGGCGGGGCCUAUACCUGAGCGACGUCCCCCUUCACGACGCGACCAGAGAUCUCGUGCUGAUGUCAGAGCAAUUCGAGGCUGAUUACAAAUUAACGAGAAACUUGGAAUUGCUUACCGAUAAAUUGCAGCAGACGUAUCGCGAGCUAGACGGCGAGAAGCAGAAAACCGACAGGUUGUUGUACUCCGUGCUGCCUAUAUCCGUGGCGAACGAACUGAGGCACUCGAGGCCUGUCCCAGCGAAGAAAUACGACUGCGUGACACUGUUGUUCUCCGGGAUCGUCGGUUUCGGGGCAUAUUGUGCCGCUCACACAGACUCGAGCGGCGCUAUGAAGAUCGUCAAUAUGCUCAAUCAACUGUACACAGCGUUCGACGUGCUCACCGAUCCGAAGAAGAAUCCCAACGUGUACAAGGUCGAAACUGUUGGUGACAAAUACAUGGCCGUGAGCGGAUUACCGGAGCCGUGUCGUUGCCAUGCACGUUGCAUCGCUCGUCUGGCGUUAGAUAUGAUGGAUCUGGCCGCGGACGAAGUGCAGAUCGAUGGUGAACCUGUGAAAAUCACCAUCGGGAUCCACAGCGGCGAGGUUGUGACAGGAGUAAUUGGACACCGUAUGCCGCGUUACUGCCUGUUCGGGAACACGGUGAAUCUCACCAGUCGAACGGAGACCACUGGAGAGCCUGGAAAAAUAAACGUGUCCGAGGACGCGUACAGAUAUCUGUGCAUGCCGGAGAAUCAAGAUCCCCAAUUCCUGUUGGAGUACAGAGGACCCGUGACGAUGAAGGGGAAAUCUGAGCCGAUGAACGUUUGGUUCCUAUCCAGAGAAAGGGAGCUAGCCGCAUAAAUUCGCUGUCCUAAAAAUUCAUUCUACCACUUCGGCACGACGAACACUUCACUCGUUUAAACGCAUCGCAUAGGGAAAUAAGAUUUUUACUUAUGGCUCUAAUAUCCCAUAAACGAGUAACCAUUGGAUAGCUAAUAGCAAAACGCAAACCGUGGAAAAUCUGUUUAUAAUUGCACGACAUUUAAUCCUGAGACGACUUCCUUGAAACGUACGCGAACGUAUCGAUUUGCAAAGCGACUGUGCAAAAGAGAAAUCCCAUUAUAACGUGUUUACCAAUCGUAAAUUACAGUUAACGUAUUACCGUAACCGCACAAUAAGAGUAAUCGGCGUGCUUUAAUGAGCGUUGCAAGAGGAAGAUGGAAGUUUCCAUAAGUGAUGG